AUGGCGCUUCGCAACAUGCUGCAGGCGGGGCUUGUUCCAGUCAUGGCGUUGGCAGGCCCUUCUAUUUCGAGUUGCGGUUCACCUGGCGACAGGAUGUCGAAUGUCACCAUGUCGUUGUCGCCAGACCCGAUUCAAAAGGGCGAUGGCUUCACUAUCACUGUCUCUGGUAUGCUCGAUAAGGUCUUGGACAGCUUCACCGUCGACGCCAAACUUGACGUGAAGCUUUUGGGCCUCAUCAAUGAGAAGGUUGACAAGACGAUCCCAGUCAAGAUGUCGCCUGGGCUGGCUGCUGGUGUCCAGAACUUGGUCAUCGGCCCAGUGGCUUUGCCCACUGACGUUCCAGGUUCUGCCGAGGUUGACGGGACUGUCACACUAUCGGACGAUGCUGGAAAGCCAGUGGCGUGCGUGAGCUUAAGCAUGCACGUGCCCGCCGCACGUGCUCUCGACGAUCUGCAGCUGCAGGGAUCUUUCAAGCCAGCCGAUUCGUUCGUCACGGCGGCAAGCAAUUGCGGAAAGCCGACUGACCAUUUGAAGAACAUUGAGACUUCUGCGUCUGGUGGCGUCUCUACCCUCACGGGCACCUUGGAUGAGGACAUGAGCAAAGUCAGCGUAGACGUCGACCUUAUCGUAAAGGCGCUCUUCGUCAAGGUUCCGUUGAAGUUGACCGUGCCGAUCGCAUACACACCUGGCAUCAAGCAGGGAGCGCUCAGCGUGUCUGCUGGACCUGCGAAGGCGGCGUCCGUUUUGGCCGCAGCCGCGUGGUCUCCCACUGUGCAGGUCGCAGUGACCGGCACGGUCCAGGCCAUCGAUGGCAACAGCGAGGAGGUAGCAUGCGUCAAGAUCGAUGAUUCCAGCUACGCAGAGGAAGAGGCUUCGCUGGUCGUCUGA